AUGGGCGCCGAGGCAGAUCAGGGGGCGCUGCACCUGGCUUUGGCACUCAACGAGCUCUGCGGGCCCGGCGAGCUCAGAGCAGUCAACAGAGUGGAAGCGUGCGCACAUAAGGCAGAGUCCACAAGCACGGCGGCCAGGCCCAGGGAGAGAGAAAGUAGGAGGGCCUCUUUACGUUGCGUGGCUGCACUUAAAGCCUCAAGGGGACAUGCAGCGGAUGCGCCCCUGGGCUGUCCGACAAGAAUCACACGAGAUCGCGCGAGGAUGGUGAGCACGGACCCGGCGCCCCUGGCUCUGCUCUCCUUGGCCUUUUGGGCAAUUUGGGUGCUUUGGGUGCCUUGGAUGCAAUGGGCCCCCUGCGCCUUCACCUCGACCUCAAGGCCUUGCGCAGCUGUCACUUAUGUGCUGUUCAUCUAA